GCAAAUUCACCCUGACAACUCCAUCUUCCCUUCAUACAUACUACCCAAACAGCACACUUUAAAGUAACAUAUUUGUCUUUUUUCCAACCAGACCCUUGUCUACUACUCCCUUAGACGCCCUUUCUUCUCGCCCACACAAACACACAAAAUGUUGGAAGCACGACUCGACCAAGCCUCCCUUUUCAAGAAGGUGGUCGAUGCGAUCAAGGACUUGGUGCAGGACUGCAACUUCGACUGUAAUGACACUGGCAUUCAACUCCAGGCUAUGGAUAACUCCCACGUUGCUCUCGUGUCCAUGAUGCUCAACGCCGAAGCCUUCUCUCCUUUCCGCUGCGACCGCAAUAUCUCUCUCGGUGUGAACCUCACAUCUCUCACCAAAGUUCUCCGUGCUGCCCAGAACGAGGAUGUCCUUACACUCAAGGCUGAGGAUGGCCCUGAUGUGCUGAACCUCCAGUUCGAGAACGUCGAGAACGACCGUAUCAGCGAGUACGACCUCAAGCUCAUGGACAUUGACCAGGAGCACUUGGGUAUCCCCGAUACCAAGUACGCUGCCACUAUCAAGAUGCCCUCGAUGGAGUUCCGACGUAUCUGCACAGAUCUCAUGGCUAUGUCAGAAUCAGUCAUGAUUGAAGCUUCCAAGGACGGUAUCAAGUUUUCAUGCAACGGCGAUAUCGGCAAUGCCUCCGUCACCCUCCGAAGUAACACCAAUAUGGACAAGCCCAAGGAAAACGUUGAAAUUGAGCUGGAGGAGCCCGUCGCCCUUACAUUCUCUCUCAAGUAUCUUGUCAACUUCUGCAAGGCUGCCGGCCUGUCCGACCACGUCAGCAUCUGCCUCUCCAACGAGGUCCCUCUGUUGGUGCAGUAUGAGAUCUCUGGUAGUCAAAGCCACCUCCGAUUCUACCUUGCUCCUAAGAUUGGUGACGAGGAUUAGACGACUGCCGUUAUAUAGUGCGAUACUGUCCUGCUACAUGAAAACGAGCUUGGCGUUUAUGUUUAAAAGGAUAUGGCCGGGUGGUUCUGAAGGAGCAUUUACAAUAGGAGAAUAUGCAAGGAAUAAGGAAGGAUACCAAGAGUUUCACCUGCUCAAUCAGAGCCUUGUUUGUUAGGUCUCUCACGAGGCAUGUGCGAGUGGUGGUGGAAUUGAUAUGAAUAGGUUAGAUAGGAAGAUCGAGGAGUGUCGACCGACCAGUGUUGACGAUAAUGAAACCAUAC